ACACAUUUUAGGUAAUAGAAAAACGGAAUUUAACAAAAGCAAAGCUACAAAGAAAAAUUAAAAUGGUUAAUUUAUCCCUUUAUACAACAACUGCAGUAAUACUUCUCGAUAGUGACGGUAAUAGAAUACUUGGAAAAUAUUAUGGUACUAAGAACCCGUAUCCUACAAUAAAAGAACAAAAAGUUUUCGAAAAAGGAUUGUUUGAAAAGACCAGAAGGGCUAAUGGCGAAAUCAUCCUUUAUGAUAACCAAGUUGUUCUUUAUCGUAAUAGCAUUGACGUUUUUUUUUAUGUUGUUGGGUCUGCGGAGGAAAAUGAACUUAUUUUGAGUAGUAUUUUAAGCGCAUUCUAUGAUUCCAUAUCAAGUUUGUUAAGGCAUCAGGUCGAGAAAAGAACACUUGUAGAUAAUCUCGAUCUAGUUGUUCUUACUUUGGAUGAGACAAUAGACGAUGGAAUUGUUUUAGAAACUGAUUCGAACGUAAUUGUUUCUCGAGUAUCCCGUCUUCGCACUGACACAACGGAUAUUCCUAUUACAGAACAAACUUUUAUUCAAGUAUAUAAUACUGCAAGAGAAAGAGUUGCUGAGAGAUUGCUAAGAGGAGUAUAAUAUGUAAAAUGUUCGUGCUAAUAUAAUAGAACUUGUAUAAUUUUAUUUUUAAAAGACGAAAAUUUCCCCGAUUUUAAUCUUGGAAUAUAUUAUGAUAAUCUCUCUUUACCGUAUAAAUUACAUACCUCUAUAAAAAUAACAAAUAAAAAAAAUGGUUUAGAUAGAUAAAUAGAUCAAAGCAAUUUUCCUUAUACGCACCUUGCUUUCAUUUGUAAAACCAA